CGCAGCGCGCUUAGCUUCUGUCACUUGAACGUCUUCUCGAUUUUGAAAAGUUAGUCACUAAUGUUCAUAAUUUUUUCAUCAGAAAAAAAGUAAAGUGCAAAAAUCGCAGCUGACUUUGCACGUCAUCCCUCUCUCCUAUGAUAGUCCAACACAGUAAACUGCUCGUGACCGAGUAAUAACUGCUGUAAUACAUAUGAUGUAGGCUUAACACACACACACACACACACACAUAGUCUGUAACCAGUAACACUCCGUCAUUCGGGGCUCCAUUCGCUGGAUCCCUUUCGCAGUUCGCCCAACGGAGCUCACACGCGUCAUUCGCUUUUUAUAAACACUGCAAAACAGAAGAGAUAUUAAGCAUUUUCAAAAAUCUUCAUUUACUUAAUUCUGGCUAAUCAAUAAAAUGGCAUCAAAUAAGGGCGUCCAUCUCUUAUACAAUUUGGAAGAAUCAGAAUCCUCUUCAGAUGAAAGUACAAUCAAGUUCCAUCAAAUUUCAAAGUCAGAUGUACCGAUGCCUUGCGAAAAUUCAAAUGAAAAUUCAGUUGAUUACAAAAAGAGAAUAAUAUCACUAUAUUGUGAUAAAGAUGUAGAAUCAGAAACUGAAUCUGAAAAUUCAUUUGAAUUAAUUGAUGAGCCUAAACAAAAUUUUGAAGAGCCUGCAAACCUAGAGCAAAAUGACCUACAGUCUCCUAAACAUUGGUUAAGGGCUAGUAAUGGAAACGAAACUGUAACGGCUGAAGAACUUCUUCGUACUCAGGAUCCUGCACUAUUAUCUAAAAUGACAUUGAGCGAGACGCAAGAGGCUUUCAUGCUUCUGUGUACAGAAAAUAGUGGUUUGAAAAAAGUAAGCGCAGAGCAUGAAGCUAAGUGGCAAUCUUUAGAACGCCAAAAUCGUAAGUUAAGUGAUGAAAUAGCUUAUCACAAAUUAGCCUUAAGCAACAAAAAACUCCAGCAACAAGACUCGGAAGGAAGUUUGAUUAAAUCUGAAGUUGAAGAAACUUCCAAACCAAGUUCACACAAGUACAAGAUUCAGUCUCAAACUAAGGUCGCUAAAAAUAAUGAAACUAAUAUUGAUUCAAAUAAUCAAUAUGAAGCAUCUGCGGUUCCUAAAAAUUCUGAGACUGAAAAAAAUUCUAAUAAUUCAGAAAUAACUGUUUCUGAAUUAAAAGAUACAUUAACUAAAAUAUCAAAAGAUUCUGAACGGUACCAGUCUUUGGUCAUUCAAUUAAAAUCUUUAAGCAAUGAAAUAACGUCUUACAAGGAAAGAAAUCAAAUGAUUAUGGUCCACGAAGGAAUCGAUCGAAUUUUGAAGAAAAAGCUAGAUUUAUUAUAUCAUUCUAGUAUUGCUAGCAAUGACUCUCCUCAUGACAUCUUAAAAUUGAAAGACAUUGCCCACAAUUAUAAUGGAAAAAUUAAUCGUGCAGAUAAAGAUUAUUUAAUAUCAUACAUUAAUUCUGUUUAUCCAGAAAUCAAAUUAGAUUCAACAAAAAUUUGGGAAACUGCGAAAUUUACAGAAAAAAGAUUAAUUGAGACUCUACUUCAAGAGUCAUUACAAAUUUGUACAAACAGGGAACACCAUUCAUCACAAAAGGAGAUCGAGAAGUAUGAAGGAGUGGUUAAAGAUCUAAGGCAUCAAUUAAAAAUUAAAAGUGAACGUGUGGAAAAAGAGUUAUUGAAUAACCAAGAGAUACUUGAUCAGUAUGAAAAAGUGUAUUUUGAAAAUGAUUCUCUGAACGAUGAAAUCAGCAAAUUACAGGACAAAUUAGAAAAAUCGGAUGCACGGUGUCCUCGCUGCAACAAUUCCUACCUAAAAAACGGACCAGGUGCUAGACAACAAUCAACAGACGGAGGCCCUCCUGCUAGACAACAAUCAACAGACGGAGGCCCUCCUGCUAGACAACAAUCAACAGAUCCACUUCGGUUCUUUGCGAUAGCUAAGAACUCUGUUAAACGUGGGGACUCUCUGGGAAAAUAAUGAUAUCAUUAAUUUAGCAUCAUUUUUGUCUUUUGCGAUGAGACUUGUGAACUUUUUGAGUCAAAAGUGAGCGCAUUGUGAAACUAGUCUCAUUUAUGUAUACAGUCCUACAUCGAGUACCUUAAUAACUAACUGUGAGAAAAAAGAAAUAUUUCAUAGAUGUACUUUUUUAGACCAAUACAUAGAUAUUUUUUCUAAUAUCUUUUUUCUGAUGAACAGCUCCUACUGGCUGUUAAAACGUAGAAUCAUGUUACUCCAUUUCAUUUGAGGUUCUUACAAAGUUAUUUGUAUUGCCAUCAUCACUUUAGCUUGAAGAAAAAUAUCCAAGCUAAUCGUUUAUAGUAUGAGAAGCUAUUUUUUUUCUUUUUUUACACAAAUAUAGUUGUCAUAUAUUUUUAUUUUACUGAAAACUUUCAGUAUGAUUGAAAAAAUUAUCCCCAAUAACAAAAGUAAAAUCUACUGAAAUUGAAAUAUUGAUUUUAAAUUUAAACCAUUUGAGUUUAUGUGUGAAUUUGAUAUUGAGUUAUGAAAUGACUCCAUUGUUCUUUGAAUAUAAAAAAAAAAUUGUGUUAAAUAUUAUGAAUAUUAUGUAUGAUUUGCAGAAGUUUGUAAUAAAAGCACUGUUUUCAAAAAUAA